AUGCUGCGGCGGCUGCCAGGCCUUGCUCGCCCUCUGCUGUCUCCAUGGCGGCGCCAUUACACGGCCGCGACCACGCCCGCUGCGGAUGCUCGCCCGCUGCGCAUCCUGUUCUGCGGCUCCGACGCCUUCAGCAUCGCGUCACUGCGCGCCCUGGUGCAUGUCCAGCAUGGCGUGCCCCGGCUUAUUGACAGCAUCCAUGUGCUCCACCGCCCGGCCAAGCCCACCGGGCGAGGGCUGAAGACGUUGCGGCCAGUUCCCAUCGAGCAGGUGGCGGCCCACGAGCUCAGCCUCGCGACCUCUGCUGUCGACACCUUCACCGGCUGGUCGCCCCCGGCCCCGGUAGACCUCGUCAUUGCCGUGUCGUUUGGCCUCCUGGUUCCGCCUCGCAUUCUCGGCCAUGCGCACUAUGGCGGCCUCAAUGUCCACCCCUCUCUCCUCCCGGACUUGCGUGGGCCCGCCCCAAUUGAGCAUGCCGUGGUCAAAAGGCGAAAGCACACGGGUGUCUCCGUCCAGACGCUGCACCCACGGCAUUUUGACCAGGGCAUUGUCCUCGCUCAAACCCCGCCACCAGGUAUCCCCAUCGCCCCAGGCACCACGUCACGGCAGCUAGAGGAGCAGCUGGCGCACGUGGGCGCACAAAUGCUCGUCGACGUCGUCAAGUCACGCACAUUCGUGCCUCCGCUCCAGGAUGCUGGAUGGUACGCCCACUCCAACUACCCCACGGAUCACGCGCCCAAAAUCACCAAGCGUGACCGCUUCGUCGAUUUGGAGACGGAUACGCUGCAAGACAUUCUUGCCAAGCAACGGGCAUUUGGCGAUCCAUGGUGUAUAUUGCCGAGUGGUGACCGCCUCAUACUUCACACCGUCAUUGAUGCUGAUAUCGCCGAUUCGUCUGGUCACAGGGCUGGUUUUUUUGUAGGGCCCAACGGCAAGGAGCCCUGGUUCCGGCCAGCCUGCGGAAGAAUAGGCAUCCUGGCGAAAAGCACGUACGAGGGAAACAAGCAAGGUCACGGAAAUGCAAAAUUGGUUCGCAUACUAGCCCAGGGACAAGCGCCGGGAUAG